GUCGCUGGUCGGGGGCCGGGCGAAUCGGGGCGGGCGUGUGUGGAGACGCGGUGUUUGCGAUGGCGGAGCCUGUGAGGAAACGGGGCCGGCCGCCUCGGGGCGGCGGUGUGGGCCGAGGGGCUCGGGGCGGCCGGGGCCGGCGUCCUCGUGCCCAGCCAUUUCCGGCCCAACCUAGUCUGGAGUCAGUGUUUGUGGACUUGGUCAGCGAUAGCGAUGAGGAUAUCCUGGAGGUUACAACCGCGCGCGGUGCUGCAGAGCCGGUCGAGGUCCCGUCCCCGGAGCCCCCCGUGCUGGCCGCGACUCGGGGCGACAGCGACAGUGACAGCGAAGUGGAGGACGCGCAGCCCGCAGGAGCCCCGCGGGCCCCGGUCAGGCGGCGGCGGCGGCUGCUGGAUCCCGGGGAGGCGCCGGUGAUUCCGGUGUACUCCGGGAAGGUGAAAAGCAGUCUCCACCUCUUUCCAGAUCACCUGCCCCUCCUGAAACUCUGCCCUCCAGGGACUGAGGAAGAGGCAGAUAUGGCAGAUUCUAGCAGUCUCCACUCCGAGGAGCCCCCAUUUCCAGGCUCUCCCUGGAAGAAGAAAUUGAGGAGUAAGGGUGAAGAAGAAAAGAAGGAAACGGUGGUUCUGGUUCAGGACACCUCUCCGUUGCCCACCCCUGAACCAAGGACCAAGAGCAGAAAGCACACUCGGGCACUCAGGAAGCUAAGGGAGGUGAACAAACGCCUCAAAGAUCUCCGUUCCUGCCUGAGUCCCAAGCAGCACCAGGCCCAGGAUGCUGACAACCAAGAGGAUGAGGUGGUCCUGGUGGAAGGACCCACCCUCCCAGAGAACCCUAGGCUCUUCCCGCUCAAAAUCAGGUGCCGGGCUGAAGUGGUCAGACUGCCUGUCAGAAUGUCGGAGCCCCUACAGAGUGUAGUGGAUCACAUGGCCACUCAUCUUGGGGUGUCCCCAAGCAGGAUCCUUUUACUCUUCGGAGAGACAGAGCUGUCCCCUACUGCCACUCCCAGGACCCUAAAGCUUGGAGUGGCUGACAUCAUUGACUGUGUGGUGCUCACAAGUUCUCCGGUGGCCACAGAAACAUCCCAACAGCUCCAGCUCCGAGUGCAGGGAAAAGAGAAACACCAGAUGCUGGAGGUCUCGCUGUCUCAAGAUUCUCCUCUCAAGACCCUCAUGUCCCGCUAUGAGGAGGCCAUGGGACUCUCAGGACACAAGCUCUCCUUCUUCUUUGAUGGGACAAAGCUUUCAGGCAAGGAGCUGCCAGCCGAUCUGGGCAUGGAAUCUGGAGACCUCAUUGAGGUCUGGGGCUGAAAUCCCAUUCUCUGUUGAGAGGCCUGGUCUUGGGGAGAAUGUCUUCCCCCACCGUUUUUUUUUUUUUUUUUUCUUGGCCUCAUAAGGACCACCAGUUGAAAUAGAAGUUUGAACUUACCUUUAUUCUGAAGCAAAAUCAAGGAGUGACCUUCGAUCUCAUGACCCUGGUUUCAAGCCGUUAACUGUUGAUACUUGGUUAGUUGUAUUGUAGUUAUUGCUGCCCUAGGUGGCCACAGGUUAUGCUCUUUGUGGUCCCUACAACAUGGAGAAGAGAUCUGCCCGCCUCCUACACUUCACUUCCAGCAUCACCAUUCCCUUCACUGAAAAGUUUGUUUUAUUAGUAUUGUAACUUGGCUUGUAUUUAGAGUGAGUCGAAAUACAUGAUGGUUGGGUAUGGGCUUCCAAGCCUGGGGUUUAUAUCACUUUUAGGACCAGCAGUCCUAAAAGUUUGCCUUAGUCUCGUGUGGGGGUCGGGAGUUGGGGCAUAUACACUGGUGUGGUUCCUUGGCUUGUGAGGAAAUAAAUCAAGCUCACGUACACAUUAGCUUUAGCAUAGACAGCCAACUGUACACAAUGUUUCCUUUCAUAAUGAAGCCACCCCUGGAGACUUUUUAGAAGGAUAAAGAAUAAAGUGGAUUCUUAGCCCUGGGCAUCUUCCUCACCCUAAGGACCCUUUAUAGCUACGCUUUCUGGUACACACUUCCUGAUUCAAACAUUUAAGGCAUAACUGAGCACUUUCAGCCGUUUUGUUUUAGAUCUCAGAACAUAGACCCCAUGCAAGGAUUCUCUGGUUAUGUAUUUCCUCCCAGUCAUGCCAUCUCUUCCACAGAUACCCAAUCUAAUAUGUUUACUACAUGUCUGAAUAUGAAUGUAUCUUGUAAAAAUACAAUGUUUUAUGUGUGGAUAUACUUUUACUGUACGCAAGUGGCAUUGUGCAAUAGAUCGCUCAGUAUACAUUAGGUCCAUCUCUGUUGCAUAUUCUAGAUCUUUGUCACUGACUUCCGUGGUUCUCCACAGUAGUGUCAGUUAUAUUUUACAUGCCCACGCCAGAGGUUGUGGAACCCUGUUGUCUCCAACCUCUCGUAUGCAAGGUUACGAUCAACAUCCUUUGAUGUGUCCUUUUCUGGGCCUGUGUGAGUUCUCUAGCAUAUGUAGCCAGGAUGCGAUUACAGGUCACACAGGUUAAUUUCUCUGUGGGUUUCCAUGUAUUAUUUUUAGAAAAAGGACUGACCCUCCUCUUAAGGCUUCCCGUUUCUCCUCAUCCUCACCAGCACAUGGUAUAGCCCAGUUUUCUAGGGUUUGCCAGUCCAGUGGGUAUAAAGUAGCACUGUGUUUAAAUGCACAUUCACUCAAUCACCAUUAAUUUUGGGAGUUUUUUCCACAUACCUAUCAGCCUUUCUGGCUUCUUUUUUUGUGACUUGCUCAUUUUCUCACGGGGGGCUUCCUAUUUUUUCUUUUUCUCUUUUUCUUUUUAUCUUCAGGAGUUGCCUCGUACAUUCUUGGGCAAUUGCAAAUGACUCUCAGAAUAGCACUUUGUGUAUCUAGCGGUAUCUCACUGGAUAGAGAUUCUUAAUGUUGAUGAAUGAACUAUUUUGUCAUAAGUUAGUUGCUUUUAGAUUUUUUACUUAAAGCUAGUUACAAUAGUUUACAUUUUCUUUGCUAGUUCAUUAUUUUUUCCUUUCGUACUGAAGCCAUUAAAUAAGGCUAAGGCCCGGCUAGUACCGCUGGGGUGGUAUCUUGGCUGGCAUCUGUUCUGAGAGCUAAGCACUGGUUGAUGCCCGGCUGUAUUUUUGUUAAGUAUUUUUUUUGUUUGUUUGAAGCAACUUUAAUUAAAGUAAACACAACAUUGACUCCUGGUUGUUAAAUAUUGAACAUCUCUUUUACUAUUCAAAAUGCACCUUUGUAUGUGAGCUCCAAGAUACGUCUUUUACCACAUAAUGAGCCAGUUUACUCUUUACUGUCUACUAAAAAAGCCAUUAGUCUUCCACUGAUAUGUGGUAUGAUUUUAGCAAAAGUAUCUCACCUUCUUUAAAAAGUUGUUAGAAUGUGGCGUUCCUUUGAAUUUUGUAUUAAAUAAUCUGUGAUAUGUUACAUAGCACUCAAUUUUUUUCAGGUCUUUAUGUCCAUUAAUUAAUAAGUUUGAACACAUUAAAAUGAUAUAUUCAGUCUCAACAGAAUAAACGAGAAUACAUUCA